GCGCUCACCGGGGAAGGGCUCACCGUCUCACCAGUUUCACUCAGAGCGUCGAGGAAGGUGGACGUCAGCGUGUGUUCUCUGGCACCGCUGAGGCUCCCGUACGUUCCGCCGCAGGGUGCAAAGCUGCUGGAAAUUGAUAGCAGUCCUACCCCUGCCGAGUAUUCACGUGGAAAGUACCGUGGCAGUAGAGACGAGGAUUUUUGCCGUCUCAGAGAGUUUUGUGUGGUGAAUCCAGUGUGCUUGCGUGCGUGACGGAGCGGUGGUGACGGCGACGCGGCAGUGCUACGGAAAAGCGAGGCAAGAAAGUGAUACCCUCAGUGAUGGACGCAGCGCCGGCAGGAAGGGCGCGGCGGUGUUGCAGUGGUAACAGAAACGUCUUGCGUCACGCCAGAAGCAGUGCGUGUGUGUUGAGGCAUUCCUGGUGCUGUGUAUUACCGUGUAUGUGAACAGGUAAUCAUAACACUCGUGGAUUUAAAAGCGAGGAUGAUAAAGAGAGGUCAGUAGCGAGGAAAGCCAAGGCCACAGAUGACAGUGCCCGUGUGUGUUGAAGUAUUCCUGGUGGUGUGUGUUACUGCGCCCGUGAGGAAGUAGGAGAACGACGCUCAAGGAUUUAUAAGAGAGGAAAGGAAGGAGAGAUCAGAAGCGGUGAAAGCCAAGGCCACAAGAGACAGUACCCGUGGGUGUUCAAGCAAUCCUGGCGUUGUGUGUUACCGUGUCUGUGAGGAAGUAAGCGAACGACACUGAUAAGAGAGAAAGGUAGAGGAUAAAUCGGUAUCGGUAAAAGCCAAGGCCACAGGUACGCCAGGUGACAGUUCCCGUGUGCGUCCAGGUAUUUACUCAAGGCGGUGUCGUGUUCCCCGUGCCUGUGAGGAAAUAAUUAAUCACCGCGCCGCUGUUUACGAUCCUUGAUAACAGCGUGGCACGUAAUAAUAGCGGCAGAAGAUCGCCGUGCCAAAUUGCAGCGUGAGUGGCGAUGAUGACUCAAUUACAGCGAUGAUAACGGUGCACACGAGAGAGCAAACAAAACGCGUCGCCGCCGUUUAGCGCAGACAAACACGACUAAACGGUGUGCUCUGUCAGAGGAGUCGCAGCACAGACGGUGGAUUAACGGCUGUGUUAAAAUAAUAUCCUAAUCUUUGUUUGGGAAAGAAAGCCUCCCCAACGCUGAAUUAUAAGUAAAAAAGUUCGUGCCGGAGUCAAGAAAAAAUAAGUAGGAAAAAAUAAUAGAGCAACGUUGGCCUUCAGACUUCCUCCUCCAUUGUUGCCUUUGUCUUCGCUACUUGUGGGAAAAUCUUUAUAAGAGAAAGGAAAAGACGCAGUUUGGACCCAGGAAAGUUGUAAAUCCAGACACAGCAUACUCCAGCAUCCUUCAUUCCUUUCCACCUCAGCCACAACCUUGUAAGUGAAUAAGAUAAAGAAAACAUACAUUAUUUGAGGGCUGGAAAGUAUCCAGAACAAGUCCUAUCCCACCCCAGCUUCAAUUCCCGAGUUGUCUGAAACCUGAAAGCCACCAAAGCUGAACCUAACUCUACCGUGCUAUCUCCACCCUUCCAUCACAUAGAACUCACUCUCUGAACUCUGAAAACUACGAAAUGAAGACCUAAGUGAGUGAUUCUACAUCCUUUCACCCUUUCUCCCUCUGAACACCGAAUCAAAAGCUUGGAAACUACCGAAACAGGACUGAACACUCGCCUACCUGCAUCCCAUCUCCCUUCCCUCGCUCCUUCCCUCCCUGGCCGCAUCAUGGGUCGCGUAGGGCGUGGUGAAGGCGCGUGAGGGACCCUAGAACAAGAUGCACAUGUGGGCCGUGUCAGUGGAGGUCCGGGUGGCGCUGCUGCUGCUCCUCCUCACCUCCUCCAACGUGCGGGCGCCCCCUCCUCCCCCCUCCGAGCCAGGUGAGGAGGCGCCGGCGGGGGGUCGAGGGGGAAGGCACAGACGGCGAGCCUUCCCUGGGCCCUACUUUCACCCGUCCACGCCCGUCAACGUGACCACGCAGCUGGGGGCGCACGCGUACCUCCCCUGCAGGAUCAAGAACCUCGGGAAUAAGUCGGUGUCGUGGAUCAGAAACCGCGACUCGCACAUCCUGACGGUGGAUCGCUACACCUUCAUAUCGGACGAGCGCUUCAUGGCGUGGCACGAGGCGCAGACACAGACGUGGACGCUGCAGGUGCGAUAUGUGCAGGAGCGGGACGCCGGCAAGUACGAGUGUCAGGUGUCCACGGAGCCAAAGAUGAGCCACUUCGUCGAGCUCAGCGUCAUCACCCCCACCGUGAGCAUCAGCGGCAAGUCGGACAUCUACGUCAAGAGUGGCUCCACCGUGAACAUCCAGUGUGUCAUCACGGACGCCCUCGAGGAGCCCACCUACAUCUUCUGGUACCACGGUAACCGUCGAGUGGUGGGGACGAACGGCGACUACAAGCUGACAGUUCACCGCGAGCCGCCCGACACCUCCAUCGGCACGCUCACCAUCCCCUCAGUCUCCAUGGCUGACUCCGGCAACUACACGUGCGCCCCGGCCUCGCUGCAGAUGGCCUCCGUCAUGCUCCACGUCGUUAUCGGAGAACACCCGCAGGCCAUGCACGGCACCAACUCCGCCGCCGCCAGCACCACAGGGUCCGCCGCCUCUGCCUCCUCCUCUUCCAAGUCGUCCUCCAAGUCCUCCUCCUCCUCCUCCUCCUCGUCGUCCCCGGCAGCCCACUCCCCCGGGCGUCACGCGGUGCUGGGUGUCCCCUUGGUGGCACUCAUAUUGCUCGCUGCCACGUGACUCCCAAUGAGCUAAACUUGAAGGUCACGGCGCCCCUCUCCCUCAGCCCCGCGGGUGGAGACAGUAACGCACAGACACACAAACAGACGUGACCAAGUGACUCCCCAAGACGCCAAGAGAUAACCCGGGGAUCAUGUGUCGGUGUGUAUGGGUGUGUGGUUGUUGGGAACUCAAUGGCACACACGCAUACACAUAUACACACACACACGCACAUAUGGAAACAUCACCCCGAAACGUCAUCAAUAGAGGGACUUCUUGCGCGUGUAUGUUUGUGUGUGUGUGUCGCUCUUUCAACUGAGGGAAGAGUGGCCUGUGUGUGUGUGUGUGUGUGUGUGUGUGUGUGUGUGUGUGUGAGGGACAAACUGGCACUGGCACUGGCACAUCUCGGCGGCUCAAGGACUGCAGGACGAGGGGCUGAGGGGCUGACUGUCCGCCUGAAAGGAAAACGUGAUCUGCACUGCCCCACUUGUGUACGAGACAGAAGAAAACGGAAAAUAACCACCAGAAAAGAACGUGAAUACAACUUGAGGGAGUGAGGUCGUCAGGUCAGGUCAGGUCAGGGGGUAUAUCCAUCGUGUGUGUGUGACCUCCAAUGGCCGGAACCUUGACUCGUGUGCAUGUGUGGGUGUGGGUGUGUGGGUGUAUGUGGGUGUGUUUUUUUAUGGUCCCCCUCCCCUCUACCGUCCCCCCCCCCCCCCUUCCUUGCAGUGUACCCUUCCUCAUCGCCAGUGUGACCUCGUGACCUCGCCAAGUGACCCACAAAGCCUAGACGAGGCGAGCAGUGACCUCCUCCUCUUCUCCCCUCCCCCCUUCAACGUGAGAGCCAGAUGUACAUAGUCUAUUUUGUAACCGAGGCCGUUUUUAUGAUUAUUACAACAGUGUACAGUGCUUAGUGGGUCACAGUGACUCGCCCGAAUCUCCACUGUCUCCCGCCCCUCCUGACCCUUCCUCCUGACUCUCUCCUUUACUCUUUCCUUUCGUAGUUCACUCACUCUCCUCCCUCCUACCUCCCUCACUCCUCACCGCCCUGCCUCAUGACUUUCCUCCUUCCCUCACUAACCUCCUGACUCACUUCUUACUUCCUCACUCCCUCUCUACCUUCCCUCCUGACUCCCGCUCUCCCUCACUCCCUCCUUCACUCACCACCUUGUCCCCCUUCCCCGUUCUUUGCAUCUCUUCGAACCAUGUGAUUUUUCCUUUUUCUUCGUUCUCAACUCCUCCCCUUUCGUCCAUUCUUCUUCAUUUUCCACUGCAUCACUCUUCCUUCCUUCCUUCCUUCCUUCUUCUUCUUCUUCCACUGCUCCUUCACAUUCUCUUCCUUCCUUUCGUUCUCUCUUUUUUCGUUGUCUGUUUGUUGGUCCCUCAGCUUCCUUUUUUUUUUUUUUCAUCCUUUCUUCCUAUUUUUCUUCAUUUAAUCGUUUUGCUAUUCCUGUUUCCUUCAUUCUUUCCUUCCAUUGAUAUAUUUUUUUUCUUUAUUUAUUCCUCUAAUUCUUUUUUAUUUCCUUCCUUCCUUCAUUCUUCUUUUCUUCCUUCGUGUGUUGAGAACUAAGUUGGAGGCUAUGUAAGCAUCCACAAAAGAGAGAGAGAGAGAGAGAGAGAAUGAAUGGGCACACAUUACUCUCCCUUGCCCCUUCCUUUGUCAUCUUUUAUUCUCACCUCCUCUUCCUCCUCCUCCUCCUCCUCCUCCUCCUCCUCCAGCACAUGACCAAUGACACCGCCCUGCCAAGAGUAAAAUAUUUUGCUCUUCCGCUUGAGCCUCCUUUUUCUUUUUCAACUUAACCUUUUCCUCUUCUUCAUUCUCCUUUUUCUUCAUUUCUUCCUUCCCUUCCUCAUAUCUAUUUUUUUAUUCCUUACUUUCUAUUCAAUUUGAUGAUCCUCUUCUUCAUCUUCAUUCCCUUUUCUUUCCUCCUCAUCCUUCUAUUUCCUUUCCUCGUCCUUCUCACCUUCACCUUCGUCUUUGCCCACCUCUUCCUCUCCUCUCCUUCCUCCUCCUUCCACCACCUCCUCCUCCACCAUCACCACCAAAUUCCUCUCGAAAGUGACCCAGAAGAAUCUACUUUGUUGAUGUUCUUGUUGUUGUUUGUUGUUGUGAGUCUUGCCCUCGUGCGUGUGACUCAGCGGUGGUCGGCGGUGGCGUGAGUCACUCUGUGUGUCUGUGUGACUCAUUGGGUGAGUCGUCGUAUAGUCAUCGGAUGAAAAGAAAAGGAGGUGAAUGUGAGAGGAAAGAAAAAGAAAAGGAAUAUGAAACAAGGAAGAGCAUGAUGUUAGGUCCGUUGGAUGACACUGAAAAAAAGUGUUAAGUUAAUGGGAAGAAGAGAGAGAAGCAAGAGGAGCAAGAGGAAGAGGAGCCUGAUGGGAGUCUAUGGAGUACGUGAGUGACUCGAAAGGAACUAAAAAUGUCCCACUUUUGCCUGGACGAGUGAGAGUGUGAGUGUUUGAGUGCACGAGAGAGUAAGAUCGUGCGUGAGUGUGUGAGUUAAUGUAUAUGUGAGAGAAUGAGGGAGUGAAAGAGUAAGUGAGAGCACGAAUAAGUGAGUGGGUAAGGAGGUGCGUGAGUGCGUGGGUCUCGCGGCAACACAUACACCGCCUCCACAACGCAUCAGGAAGCACUGAGUGUGACUAGAUUCGAAAGUGUUGCAUAUGAUCUAAAAACAUGUCAUCCGUCAGUGCAAACGUGACUUACAGUGACUUUCUUUGAGUGGUGAACAAAACAGAACGUUGGAGGCAAAUAUAACGUAGAUCCCACACUGAUUCUUUGGAGAAAUGAUAAGAAUCUUAUAAAAAUCUUUAGAAAAGAAGAAAAUGAAAAAGUAAAAAGAAGGAAAAGGAAAGGGAAGAAGCAAGACUAGGAGAGAAGCCAACAGCCUUCAUCUCUCAAGAAGACGAGAGGAGAGAAAAUUUUGGUGUUUUCAUGAGACGGAAUAAAACAUGUAAAGGAGCGUCGCCUUAAAUCACCGUGGUGUCGUUCUCCCCCUUGAAGUAAUUAGUGCAGCGGCCGCCGCCCCAGGCAGGUGCGCUGGGCGGGGCGGGGCGUGUUUUGCUCAACAUUCUGCUGCAGCCACACGCCCGAUGUGUAUUUCAUAGACAUAACAUAUUUUUCUGUUGUGUGUGUGUGUGUGUGUGUGUGUGUGUGUGUGUGUGUGUGUGUGUGUGUGUGUGUGUGUGUGUGUAUGUGUAUGUCGCCUCCAGGCAUGUGGGCAAGGAGGCAGAAGUGCCGUCACGGUUAGUCGUGACCAAGCGGGCCAGCCGCGCCCCGCUGCUGCCGCAGACUGCGGGAGUCUCGGUGAGUGUGUGUGUCCGUAUUGAACAAGGCGCCGCGCCGCGCGGGUGGCUGUGCAGCAUAAUAUUCCUGGAGACAAAGUGAUUGUGAUCGACAAUGGCAACUGUCUUUGCGUCCUGAACCUUCCCGCGGGAGCCUGGCGUGGCCGCGGCUGCAGCCCCGCGCCGAGCUGAGCCACGCCGUGGAGGACGGCCACCUCUUGGGUCAACAAUAUAUAAAUAUAUAUAUACUACAUAAAAGACUUACAUACGUACACACAUAUAUACCUAGAGUCUGUAAGGGAGAAAUUUAUAUGUAACUUAUUACAGUCAAUAAAGAUACAUUUGAAU